GGCAGUGUAGGAGUAUGCACCUAAUAUAAAAUCUGCUCUGUUAAACAAGAUCAGAUCUCAUGGAACAUCCUGAAAAACUGCAGAGAUGAUUCACAUUCUCAUCACUGGAACCUUGUGUGUGGUAGUUCAUGCUUUCAAUAUUCCAUCUAAAUUUGUAGUUGGUGAAUUUUAUAAAGAUGUAUCAUUGGCUUGUGACACCCAGUUUAUGGGUACUGUGACAUGGAAACACAAUGGAGGCAAAAUUGAAAAUUCUUUAUACACAAGAAUUAAUAAACAGAACCUGACCUUAAAACAGCUUGACAGUCCCUCAGCUGGCAACUAUACUUGUUGGGGAGAAGGUACUCUUUUAGACCAUACGUACCUUGUUCUGCUAGAGGAGGAGGAGCAAUAUAAUGAAGAAAUCACAGAUUUCGUUCCUUGUACUGUGAAGACUUACAGCUGUUCCAUCAUUUGCUCUUGGAAACCUGAUGACUUUCAAGUGGCGCGAAUCCAACUUGAACGUGAGAAGAGUAAACAUAUUUCCUGGGCCUUACGAGACAAUGAUUCACCCUUUCAGCUUAAUUUGUCCAGUAAUAGUUCUCCUUUCUCUGAGGAGCAAAAUCCUAUCAUUCUAAGUGUGGAAGAGAUAAAUGCCAAGUAUUAUAGGAAGCGGACUUGGAGUUUCUUCAUUCGUGAUAUAGUCCUCCCAGACCCACCAAAAAUUUUGAAUUGCACUCAGGAUUCCAAUGGACUUAGGCUGAAUAUUGAGCCCCCAUCUUCAUGGGCCAAACCACAUAGCUACUUCCCCCUGGCCUAUGAGGUUGAAUAUGAACUUAAACACAAUGGGAAGACAGAGAUUUCCAAGAGACUGCUUCUUCCUAAAAGCAUCAGCAGACUGAGAGCACGUUCCCAAGACCCCUACAUAAACUCAUUGUGGAGCCACUGGACUGCAUGGAGAGAUGUAAGGAAAAGGAGCAACAAAAAAUUGGCAAACAUGCUGACAUGUAAAGAAAUAAAUCAUAUUGACGACAACCACUAAAUAUUCCAGCAAUGAACAAGAAUAUAAUUUUGCUGAUAUAUUUAAUUUUUGUAUUAUUCUUCAUUGUUGUUUCUUGCAUUCCUAUUUUAUUUACGUUUCUGCUUCUGCAUAAACAAAAAUACUGCAUAUUGUAAUUGUGUUUUCAAAAAAAAAAAACAAAUAAAGAUGGUAGACAAAGUAUUAUAAAACCAUGUACCUUAAAGGAAUGAUAUUGAUGACUUUGCCAGGGUUGUAUUUUUUAAAUAAAGUUUAUUUCUGCCAUAUUAAACCAAUAAACCUGUUUAUGCCAUCUUUCCCCUUUUGAUUUAUUUUAUGUUAUUGUAUGACAUUCCUUACUUCUUAAAAUCUAACCUCAUAAAUGCUGGUACAUGAAAGGAACUAUUAACCAGCAGAGUGAGUUCAAAUCCAAACAUAAUUAAACUCAAUGACUGAUAAAAGAAUGGUA